UUGUAUUAUUUGUUAGACCGUCCUUUAAAUUGUUAACUAAGACCUGACCUUAAUUAAAAUUUAAUAUUUGUUAGACCAUCCUUUAUAAAAUUAGAUAUGAAAAUAUAGUUUUACUACUCUUUUAAUAAUACUGCUUAAGAGAAUUUCCAAAGUAAAAUUUAAAACUUUAAUUUCUUUGAUUAUGUAACGGUAAAAAGUGUAAAUACGGAAUAGUGUUUAAAGAACAAACGUUGCAAUAUUAAAAGAAUGAAGAAAGUACUAAUUUUAGUAAUUAUCGAUAUACUCCGUAUAAAACAAAUAUGGAAACAAAUCAUAUUGAUAUGCCCUUGUGUACACAAUCUUCCAUUCUUUUUAUACCCCCACCUUGAGCUCUCAUUUCUUCAUCCAUCAACCUCUUCACUCGUUAUCAACUUUUUUUUUUUUUUUUUUUUUCUUUCUUCUGGCGAUUUCCUUCUUUUUGCUAUGGCUUCUCAGCCUACUCCUCCGAAAAAAACUAGAGGCCGCCAAAAGAUCAAAAUGGAGCGAAUGGAGAAGGAUAGCAAUCGACAAGUUACCUUCUCCAAACGCCGCUGUGGCCUUUUUAAAAAGGCUAGUGAGCUGUGCACCUUAUGUGGUGUAGAUGCUGCAAUUAUCGUCUUCUCACCAGGGAAAAAGGCCUUUUCUUUUGGCCACCCUUCGGUGGAGACAGUAGCCAAUCACUAUUACUUUUCAAAAUUUUCUCCAUCCUCAUCAUCCUCUAAUCAGGACAUCAAACCGCCCCUUGGGGUUGGGAUCCAUCGUAGUGCUGGUGUCUGCGACCUCAACCUUGAACUCACCUUAAUCAAUCGUCAAAUGGAGAUGGAAAAGAAGAGAAACGAAGAGAUGACCGAGACCAUGCUGGAUCUUCCCAUCGAGGAGCUUUCAUUGGAGCAUUUGGAGCGUUUCAAAGCAUCCUUAGAAGAGCUUAAGAAGCAUGUUAUCCAACAAGGUAAUAGCUUCAUGAUGUUGGAGGCCGCCGCAAAAGCUCCAAAUCAAACUCCUACUCCUACUCCUACUCCUUAUCCAAUGCCUUUUAUGGGGGUUAAUUAUCCUGUGUUUGAUACAAAGGAUGGUGCCUUCGUUGGAUAUCGACAGGAUUAUUACUAGCUUUGCAUUGCAUGGGAGUAUUUGCCGAGGAAUUCAAGGAAAAACAUACAUUAAAUUUCAUAUUUAACGUAUGAUGCAGUUAAUCUAUCGCUUGUUUCACAUUUAAUUUGAAGUUAUUGCACCAAAAAAAAAAA